UCCGGCUUCACCAUGGACUAUUCUCGCCGGGCGAUCCACUCGCCCCUCUUCAGACGCUAUGUCGGCCCGCGCAGCCCUCGUAUACCGAAUCCGUCUCCCGUGACCCGACCCCCUGCUAUUUCCAUUUCCCCAUAUGCCACCCUACGAGAUGAGAAGGCCCGGGCGAAUGACUCCGAUCCCCCUCAAGCGCAUCCAUUAUCUGGAUACUACUACGAUAUCUUGUCCACUUGCUCGCCCUAUCGACGCCACGCGAUACCCUUCCCCGAGCCUGAACGGCCCAAGGAGUCGCCAGCCCCCGAGCCGCAAACGCCGCAAGAAAAGAUGGCCAUUGUCUUUGGUACCCGGCUGGCAGGUCCUGGCCGCUCUUCCCGCUAUGACCCUGGCUCCGCGCCAGAUGCGACAUGGAAAACGAUUAACGGAGUCGCGAUUCCUCCCCGACCAGAGGAGCCCGACAAUUGCUGCAUGAGUGGCUGUGUCCACUGCGUAUGGGACGACUUUCGCGACGAGCUGGAGGACUGGGCUUCCAGACUCGAGCAGGCGAAGGCGAAGGGUGUGACAAAAAGCGGCGCCACAGACAUGCGUCAUACUCCCCGAGCCGAAGUCGCUACGGCCAGCACGAGCAUGGACGAUGAUGGUGGUGGCAGUGAGACGAAUUGGUCGGUACCUAAAUCGGGCGACGACCUAUUCGCCGAAAUCCCUGCACCAGCAAGAAGGCCAUACAUGAGGAGGGAUAACUUCUCUGCUUACCGACACUUUCCUACCUCGGACUCGGAAUACCCUUGUCCCACGAUCCAUGUAGAGUGGGUUUGGUGUUGGAGAAUUUUUGUACAUAGAUAGACGACUAUAUCAUUAGAUGUAGAACUGUAUAUACAUCCGUUCUCGAUUGAGCCCCAUAAUGCAGCACGCCC